ACACAAAAACUGACCAGAGAAGAGAGAUCGGACCAGGCCUUUUUCUGGGAGAUUUCGUUUCUACUCGUUUCUUAUCUUUUUUCUGUUUUUUGAAGAAUGGAAUUAUAUACAGUUUACACUAUCCACAAAGCUAGCUAAUCAGUAUAAAAUAUCUGCUCUGCAUUUUGACCUCAAAGCUUUUAAUCCCCAAAAUUAUCAUCACCCUUUGGCUUGUGUGAUAUAUAUAUAUAUAUAUUUGUCUUUGCGUGGCUGGGGAUUGGAGGGGAAAGGAAGAGGAAUAGCAAGAUGAAGAAGAACACCGGCGGUGGUGACUCGAGUUCAAAACCUGAUAGGAAAACCAUCGAGAGGAACCGCAGAAUUCAUAUGAAAACUUUGUGCUUUAAACUUGCCUCUCUUAUUCCUCAUCACCACUCCAAACCCUCUAAGGAAAUUGUAUCACAACAAGACCAGCUUGAUCUUGCAGCUGCCUACAUAAAGCAUUUAAGAGAGAAGAUAGAGAAGUUAAAGGCGAUCAAAGAACAAGCCAUGAAAUCAAAAGAAGCAAGCAGUAGCAUAAUGAAUACAACUGCAUCGGUUGGUUUAAGUUUGCCUGUGGUUGAGUUAAGAGACUUUGGAUCCAGCAUUGAAGUGAUUUUAAUAACUGGAUUGAACAAAAACUUCAUGCUAUAUGAAGUUAUUAGCAUUCUUGAGCAAGAAGGGGCUGAAGUUGUAAGUGCGAGCUUUUCCACCGUGGGUGGCAAGAUUUUUCACACCCUUCAUGCUCAGGCUAAAAUUUCUAGAGUUGGUGUAGAGACUGCAAGGGUGUAUCAGAGAUUGCAAGAACUGAUUAGCUAUUAUUGAUUUGUAUGAGGACGUAGUGUAAUUGUAUUGCAAGUGCGUCAUGCAGACCUUGAUUUGGAACUUGAAGUUCUGGAUUAAGAAAUAUCUGAAUCCAAUUAGAUAAUUACUAGUGUAUUAUUAAAAAAAUAUAAACAACUAUCAAUAGAUAUCUAAGACGAGGAUAAAAUUUUCAGCUGCUACUGAGAGACGAGGAGCCAAGAGAGAAGCUGGUGUUAAGGCUUGAAGGCAUCCACUUCAGCCAAAAACUAAAGAAAAUUUAGGCCAGGGGACCAAUUCAUAGUUGGAUGUCAACUUCCUCAAUGGCAGUCGAAUGAGUUUUUUGUUUCUCUUUUUUUGUUGGCCUGCCCUCAAUUCAAUGUACAUGAAUUAGUUAUUAGUAAAUCUAUACCUAUUUUCUUGAUAGUGUACGACUGUCUUAAAAUAAUUAUUACAAAUCCCCUCUUCAUCGAUGCAGUUACCUAAUUUCUAGUUUCUUGAUUAUGUAAUGAUCUGUCUUAGACUUUGUUUGGUACAUAGGAAUGAAAUGAAUGUAAUGAUUGUGCUAUAUACACAAUAGGAAAGAGAUAAUGAAAUUUGUCAAAGAUUGAAUAAGUUGUUUCAUAUUCAUAUGAAGCAAGACUUUAAUGCAAAUUUCAUCCCAACUGUGAGCUUUUAUGUAAUUUUUUAUUUACAUACAUGACUUGUUAAAAUAUUUUAAAUUC